GAGGCGCAGACAGUGCUUUUACCGCUGGGUAUUUUCUCACUAGAUUUGAGAUUUUGUAGGCUCAUUUAAGGAAUAACAAGUAUUUCAUACUAUUUUUUUAACAUUAAAAAAAAAACUUGAAAGAAAAAAGUUUCUUACAAAAUGGGCGUUAUUUUCUGAAAUUCUUUCACUAAAAUUUUGGGCCAAUUCAUUUAGCCUACAUAACAAUCAAGGUUAAAAACGAAAUGUCUGGGUAUUUUUGUCACAGAAAUUCCUACAGUUUGGGUUUUGUUUAAAUUUUCACCCAUAUUUCUGUGAGCUCGAUCGUCGGCUAGUGUUGGAGAAAAGUCAAAGUAAGCCCGCCUUGACAUUUCGAAGUUACAGCUUCUUGUGUUCCAUUUCUUGGUGGAGGAGUUCUCAUUGUUCUUUCAUUCACUUCAAACAAAUAAAUGUUCACCUUGUAAAGUUAAGCACGCUUUCUUGAAGAUAUAAGGAUCCCAUUGCUUGAGAAUGGUGUUUUGACAUAGACACGGGUGCAGACAAGCUAAACUGGUAUGUCGAUGUGUUACUUCUUCUGUUCCAAUGUCUUCAAACUUUGGUUGUCAACCAUGUAACAUGUGCAAUGAGUAUAGCCAAAGGUUCAUUACCUGACACGUCUGGGAUUAUUGUGCCAAUUUUAGCAUCCUUUAUGUUCUUUAUAGAUUUUUCAACUGUUAUCUUCAAGCCUUGAACACAUUAAGAAACUAUCUAGCCUUGAACUAGUCUUCAUUUUAUUUCUGGAAUGAGUCUGUAAGCUCGGACUUGUGUGAUUCAGACGAUAGUCUAGGGUUCGUACUCUGCCUGCUAAUGUCACCUGCCGUCCUGCCGGAUGUUUAAGAUGUCAGUAGAGCCAGACCUCUGGUCACUCUGCCCUCGAUGAUGGAUGUCUCAGACAGUGUGACCUACGACGAAGGGGAAAUGGCGGUGCUCUUCUGUUCAGUGGACAAUCUAGGUGAUCACACAGUAGUGUGGCGUAAACUGCCUCAGUCUGCUCCACUGACCAUUGGCUCUAAAUCUUGGACCAGAGAUAAAAGGAUUCACUCCGAGCACGUGCCCAACAGCUCCCAGUGGAAUCUGGUCGUUGAAAACGUCACUGUGUCAGAUGCAGGUCAAUACGAAUGUCAUGUCAGUAAACGAAAGUCACAACUUAGACAUCGGGUGUCUUUAAUAGUGAAAGCUAAACCAGUGCCACAACUCCCACAGAUCUUCUCUUCAGGUAUUGAGAUUGGCGGAGAAAAUCUGUUGAGGUCAGGUGAGACACUUCAACUUACCUGCAACGCAACUUUGGUAGACGUGAGUAGUGAACGGAUAACUUGGCUCAAAGAUAAUAUUGUUUUAAAUCUGUGGCAAGUACUCAAGGAAAGGAAUACCAAAGGAAAUGGCAAGCCAUUACUGGCUGAGAAGGAUGAGCGAUUCAGUAUUUACACCACCAUGACAGUGAAUAGCCAGGGGAUGGGGUCAAUCAGCAGCAAGCUGGACAUCAAGGACGUCCGAGUCGGGGAUUCCGGUGUUUACCUCUGCAGGUCCACUGAGAGGGCGCAGAUGGCAGGGGUGAAGGUGGAAGUACAAGGCUCUCCAAGUAUGAAGAGAGCUGACAAAACUCAUUGGACGCACACAAUUAAUCACCAAGACUCCGACAAACUGGACAAAAAUUAUUACACAAAUAAAGAUAAAAUCAAUAGAGAAGAAACGCUCCGCGAGCGUUCAACCAAUCAAAAUCAACGUAACACUGCCAGCUUCCUCCAGUGUAACCAAUUGAACUUUACUUUACUUUUUUGUCUUCUGCUCGGCACAUUUUUGUACAGAAGUGAACACAGAAUCUUCAUCAAUCUUGAUUAAAUAACAUUUCCUACUU